AUGAGGGAGAGGGUGGUGGUUAGGAGGAGGAGGAGGAGGGUUGAGAGGGGGGUGAUGGGGAGGUUUGGGUGGGGUUUUGAUGGAGUGGUCGGGUUGGGGUCGGGGUUGGGAUUGGUUGAUGAAGAUGGUGGUGCUGGUGAUGGUGAAGAUGAAGAUGUAGAUAGGAGCCAGGAGAUAGCGAAUUACUGGGUGUCUUAUAAGAGCGCGAAGUUGAGUGUUGAGAGGGGAAGUGAGGAAUUUGGAUGGAUGGAGAAGAUUGUCGAUGGAAGAUGA